AUGACCGACCCAGUUGACUUGGCGCCAGCUUCUUCGGCCGCCGCGCCUGCCUCGACCCCAUCCCAGCCUACGGCGACUCCUUCGCAACCCCUCCCGAUCCGCGACUCCAAGUCCGCAACGGACCCCGCACAGCAAGACAAGAAACCAAAGGGCAAGCCUGCUGCGCCUGCUACUGCCUCUGGUGAUGCUGUUGCUGCUGGUGGAGAGAAAGUCCUCACUCCGGCGGAAUUGAAGAAGAAGGCCAAGGAGGAGAAGGCUGCUCGCCGCGCCAAAGAAAAACUUGAAAGGGAGAGCGGAGCUGGUGCUGCUGGCGGUUCGGCUCCUGGAGGUGCUCAAGGUCGUCCUCCGGUGACACCGAAGAAGGACGCCGCUGGAGGCGCAUCCCAGAAGGGACAGAAGGCUCCUCCGCCGCGCCGAGGAUCAGGACCCGGAAUCGUUUCUCACACUCCUGUCGUUGAGCAAAAGAAAAAGAAGGAUGACAAGAAGGUCGCUGUUUUCGGGCACUUGUAUGGACAGCAACGGAGGACUACUAUUGCUGGCGCUGCCAAGGAAGUUCACCCUGCAGUCCUGGCGUUGGGCUUGCAGUUGAGGGAUUACGUUGUCUGCGGCAGCAGCGCGCGUUGCGUUGCGACUCUGCUUGCUUUCAAGCGGGUCAUUGAAUCCUACGAUACUCCCCCAAACAACUCUUUGUCGCGCCACUUGACCACCGUCCUCUCCCACCAAAUCACCUAUCUCUCCACAUGCCGCCCACUCUCCAUCAGCCAGGGUAACGCCAUUCGUCAGUUGAAGCUGACCAUCUCCUCUAUCGACCCCUCCACCCCCGAAGCUUCCGCAAAAACGACCCUCUGCGAAUUCAUUGAUGGAUACAUCCGGGAGAAAAUUACUGUUGCCGACCAGGUCAUUGCCGCAAGUGCCGCGCAAAAGAUUCAGGAUGGCGACGUGAUCGUGACUUUCGCCGGCAGCUCCAUCGUCAAGCAGACCCUCCUGCUGGCACACAGUGAAGGAAAGCGUUUCCGCGUAUCGAUCAUCGACUCACGCCCGCUCUUUGAGGGCAAGAACCUUGCUCGUGCGCUCGCCAAUGCCGGACUUGACGUGCAGUAUUCACUCAUGCAUGGCGUCAGCCAUGCCAUUAAGGAUGCGACAAAGGUCUUCCUCGGCGCACACGCCAUGACCAGUAAUGGCCGAUUGUACUCGCGUGUUGGAACCGCCCUGGUCGCCAUGUCUGCCAAAGAGCGCGCAGGCGGCGUUGAAGUUCCCGUCAUUGUAUGCUGCGAGACAGUCAAGUUCACCGACCGCGUUGCCCUUGAUAGUAUCGUCGUCAACGAAAUCGCCGACGCCGAUGAGUUGGUCUCUAACCAGCUUCCACAGCAAGUUACCGGCCUGGCUGACCCAGGUGCACACACUCCUGCGCCUGUCGACCCCAAGAAGGGUGGCAAGGCUGCCCCCAAAGAACCUACACCCGCGCCAUCUGCCUCUUCUCGUGCCUCAUCUACCUCGCCUCUCACUGAAUGGAAGGACACCUCCAACCUGCAACUGUUGAACAUCAUGUACGAUGUCACCCCUGCCGAGUAUGUCGACAUGGUCGUCACAGAAAUGGGCAGCUUGCCACCGAGUGCUGUGCCUAUCGUGCAUCGGAUGAGUACAAACAUGUGA